ACAGGUGAAGUUCUUCUGUAAGUUGAAAACUUUAGUCCAGCGAUCACCAUGAAUUCCAGACAGCCAGCACCAUGCAGGUCAACUCUGAUUCAUCAAGGUCCUCCAAAACGAUAUUAUCUACAUACAGAGAAAAAAGUGCUUGAUGAAGAUGGGAAAGUCAGAAAAUGGACUUACGGGAAAAAAGACACCAGUAAACCAAACAAAAUCAUUCUGCUGGUGGGAGAGACUGGUGCUGGUAAGACGACUCUCAUCAACACCAUGAUCAACUACUUACUGAAUGUGAAGUUUGAGGAUGAAAUAUGGUAUGAAAUCACAGAAGCAGCAGCCGGAGAUCAAUCAGAAUCACAAACCUCUGAAAUCACUGUGUAUGAGGUCUGUCCUUCAAAGAGUCCCAUAUCACUCACCAUCAUUGAUACUCCAGGCUACGGAGACACUAGAGGACUGGACAAAGAUCUGGAAGUUGCUGAGAAUUUAGCCACUUUGUUUCAGAGCAAUGAUGGAGUUCAUGAAGUUGAUGCCGUCUGCUUCGUGAUUCAAGCAUCUAAGAAUCGUCUCUCAGAUCGACAGCAUUACAUUAUCAGUUCAAUUCUGUCUUUGUUUGGAAAAGACAUUGUGGACAACAUUGUGUUUUUAAUCACACACUCUGAUGGUCUGCCACCCAAAAACGUCCUCGGUGCCAUUAAAAAAGCUAAAAUCCCCUCCAGACGAGACAAAAGUGGCCAACCUGUUCAUUUCUCGUUCAACAACCGUCAGGCUGAUGAUCGUCACACUAGAGAACGUCACAUCCGUGCUCAAAGAGACGCCUGGGAAGACAGCAUGGAAGAUAUGAAGCAAUUCCUUCAGUCUCUGAACGAAAUGAACAAAAGAAGUUUAGAGUUGACUUCAGAUGUCCUGAUCGAGCGCAUUCGAUUUGAAGCAUCCGUCUGCAACAUAAAGCUGCGACUUCAAGAGAAAGAGCUGAAAAAGGCUGAAAAACUUCAGAUUCAGGAGGCAAUGAUGCAAAACAAGGAAAAGAUUGAAGAGUGUAAAAACUUUGCCAUUAACAUCAAAAAGACUGUCAAAGAGAAGGUGCCCAUUGAGAGCAAGUCAUGGAAGCACAGGAAGGCAACGACCUGCACCGUCUGUGAGGAAAACUGCCAUGAGUUUGACUGCUGGUGGGGUUCAAAUCCCAGCAAAUGUGAAGUCAUGAAAGAUGGAUUCUGCACCGUGUGCACAGGGAAGUGUCAUCACAGCAAACACGUCAAAGAAAACAAGAAAUACGUCGUCAGAACCUCAAGCACAACGAUAGAAUAUGACUCUACAAGAAAGAAAACUAAAAAAUCCCAACAACAAACCAACAGGUUUUCAGCUGUAAUGGAUGAUGUUGACAAAGAUCUGCAGGAGAUUGAAACCCAUAAGUCAAUUCUUCUGUUCAAUGCUUACAGGACCAUCAAGCAUCUGUCUCAGAUCGCAUUAAAACCAGACUCUGCCUUCACUCUUCAGCAUCUGGACUUCUUCAUCCCCAGAGUGAGGGAGGCUGGGAAAGAAGACUGGGCCAAAGACCUGGAAGAAAUGAGGAGAAACGCUGAAACUGAAGAAGUGAAUAAAGAUGCUCUCAGUUAUCUUAAAGCUGGUCUGGCAAAAAUGUUCCUUAGUAGGAAAUGAACAAAUGUGAUUAGACUUGUCUGUUAUGUUUUUCUUUAAGGUAAAAUACAAUUUUUGGGCUCCCCACAGAACUCUCAUUUUGAUGCUUAGAGGUCUUUCAGGGGAACAACUACAGUAUUCUUGAAAACCUGCAGACGUCAGAAAAAGGGACUGCUUGUUUAAAUCAACAUCACUGAAAAAUAUACUUAAAAAAAACAUUUUAAGUGAAUUUUACUGCUACUACUCGCUACAAUCUACUUAGUAUUGAACUUAACAUUCAUAAAGAAAGUAAGUAAAUAUUACAUAAUUAUAUAUCAUUUCACAUAUAGAAUUACAGAAUAAAAUCUAUUUACCUAAAUUCAAUUUAACAAAGACAAUAAAUAACUUUAGCUUGGCCAGUAAAAGUUUGAGUACUUUUUACUUGCCAAUAAUUUUACUUCAUAUAGCACCUAAUUAAACCAUGUCUUUAAAGUGUAUGUUACUCAGAAACUUGUAAUUAAAUACUGCAAUAGACAUCAUGUAGACACCAUAUCUACAUAAUUACUAAUGCAGCCCUCAUCUGAACACAGAGACUUCAAUACUUGGUACACAAUACACAACGACUGUAACAUUAUGUGGUUCAUUUCUGAGUAUAAAUCUGUCAUUUUGAAUAGAAAAUUAACUCCAGAUGUAACAAAAUCACAAAUAACUAAACCUAACAAAAGCAAUGAUAAAACCGUAUUGAUUAUUUAUGCCCCAGUGCACGAUAUCAGAAACAUUGAGUAGGUUUUACUUAAUUUUACAACGUUUAUAUUUAUGCUUUAACUUCUACAAGCUUAAAUUGAGUACCAGUAUAGAAUUUACUGUUUUUUUUUUGUUGUUGUUGUUGUUUGUUUGUUUGUUUGUUUUUAAAUUAUUGGCUGAACUAACUUUUUUAUAUAGAAAUUACAUUUGUUUUUUUCCUGUAGUAUUUACUUCACCACAUAAUCAUUUUUAUCAGUGCAACUAAUAUUUGUUUUGCAUUAUUUGA